AACUUACAUUUUAAUUUCUUCUCUCUAAAUUAUUUUUCUUUCAAUGGAGUGCUUUAAAACCUGAACUGAAGGAACCAUGAAGCGGAAUUCGAAAUUGCAUCUAGCCAAUAGACAUUCAUCUGGAUUUGAGGGAUGUACCAUUGACUUUAAUAAGAAAACUAGCAAGGCUAAGAAAAUGAAAAUACACAAUGACAAGUCACUAUUGAAGACUGCUUGUCCUUUUGGCAUCAAGUCUUUGAUUCCCAGCUGCAAAUAGAUGAUUCUCAAAAUUGGACAGUCGUUUUCAAGCCUGAAAUAAAUAGAUCAAUCAAAACCCGAUUUGAUGUUGCAAUCUUUAUGGUUGAUACCAUCCUUUAAGAACUACAUUAUGCAAAGUCAAUUGACUUCUAUAUUGUAAUCCAAGUCAAAAGGGAAAUCAAAAAAGCAAUUGAGUUCGGUGCACCACUUGUUUCUUCAUGCAUGGUUGUUAUUAGAGAUAGUACAACUCCAGGGUCUUUUCACCUCACCUGUGACCAUAUCUAAAGAGAAAUAUCGGUUUUACUUUUAAUGGAUUGCACGAGAAACCCAUAAUUCCAACCGUUUUUAAUAAUUUCGCCCAACUGCCUCAUAACAUUUCUUCCCUUAUCACUACCUAAAUCUCAAGUUAUCUUCCAUCUUCAUUUGCAAGAUAGUCUGUAUGGGAAAUGAAGAAGCUAUGAAUUCAAAAUAUCCCAGAAAGCUGAACUUUAAUGCACCGCUCCUUUCGAUAAGGCGCAGUGGUGGUUACACUGAUGAAGAACAGUCUUGUACGAAUUCACAAGGCGUGUUGGCGAAUGCAAGUGAUGAUAGGAUCCCAUUUUCAUGGGAGCAAGCUCCAGGAAAGCCUAAGGACUUGGAUAGAGGUGACACAUCUGAGGUGGAAACGCCACGUCCGAGGCUCCCACCAUGUCUUUGGCAUCCUGAUAUAGAAGCAACGAGUAAUGAUUAUCCUCAUGAUGCUAAUGAUGAUGAUGCAGUUGAUGAUCUUGAUGACCUUGAUGAUGGUUGUGAUGGUGAUGUUGAUGAUGACUACGACGAUGAUGCUGCUUUCUCAGAUGCUAUGGAUGUCUUCUCAUUGUCUGAGGCAAUUGACAUUGUGACAAAAGCCGAGAAAGUUCAAGAAUUUGAUAGCUUGAAGUUAAAGCUUGCAGAGUCUAGAGGCAGUGAAUCACCUAAUUUCAUAAUUAGGCGCUUUCUUCCUGAUGCCACAGCAUUGGCUGCAUCAUCUGCUUUAGCUUUUUCCAAGAGUUUCAACAAGAGACCUCCUAAACAGUGCAACUGCCCUGAAGCUUGUGAGUUGCACCCAGUUACUGGGCAAUCAUAUGCUACACCAAAGGCUUGUGGCCUGGAAAUUCUCUUCCCUUGGCGCAUGAAGCACAAGAUUUGUGGUGUAAAGAGCCCUAUCCGGAAAGACUCUAUAAAAGUGCAACCUCAAUGUGGGGAAAAGCCAAAGAAACAUAGUUCAUCCUCUAGUAAGCCUUUACCGAUGUAGAUAAAGAUACUCGAGACUAAUGAUUUUUUUUUUCUUUUUUCUUUUUGCCUUCUCUUAUUUUUGUUGUUUGAACUUCUUUAAGCAAAUACAGUAAUUGUGAUUGGUGUCAUUUAAGAAUAUAAUAAAUAAAUGUUUGAAUUACUUUUUAA